AACGAAAUGGCCGUUCUACUCGUUUUGCUCGUCGGUGUUCUCACCUUGGCCGUGUGGUUUGUGCAUCAAAACUUUAGUUACUGGAAGCGACGCGGCAUUCCCCACGAUGCCCCCAAAAUUCCAUUCGGCAAUACUAGAGAACUGAUGAAAACAAUGCAAUUGUCGGACAUUUUUAAGAGAACCUACGACAAUUACAAGAACAAAACCGAUGGUCCAUUUGUGGGAUUUUACAUGUAUUUCAAAAAGAUGGCCAUUGUGACCGAUAUUGACUUCGCAAAAACCGUACUAAUCCGCGACUUUGACAAGUUCCACGACCGUGGAGUAUUCCACAAUGAGCGUGAUGAUCCGCUGACCGCCAAUUUGGUGAAUAUCGAGGGUCAGAAGUGGAAGACCCUGCGCCAGAAACUGACACCCACAUUCACCUCUGGCAAAAUGAAGACCAUGUUUCCCACCAUUCUGGAGGUGGGAGAUGAUCUGAUUCGGGUAAUCGAUCAAAAGGCUUCUGCAAGUAAGGACUCCCUGGAAAUCACCGAUGUUUUGGCCCGUUUCACUGCCGAUGUAAUCGGAACGUGUGCCUUCGGCUUGGAUUGCCACAGUUUGUCGGAUCCCAAAGCGGAGUUUGUCCAAAUGGGAAAAGAUGCUAUUACCAAACGACGAUAUGGAAAAUCGAUGGACUUGCUUUUGUUUGGGGCCCCGAAACUUGCGGAAAAAUUGCGUAUGAAACAGAGUGUCCAGAAAGUGGAGGACUUCUAUAUGAACAUCAUUAAGGAUACUGUGAACUAUCGCGUUAAGAACAAUGUGAAACGAAACGAUUUCAUGGACAUGCUAAUCGAAAUGAAGUUGAAAUACGAUAAUGGCGAUCAUCAAAAUGGCCUAACCUUUAAUGAAAUUGCGGCCCAGGCUUUUAUAUUUUUCCUUGCUGGUUUUGAAACGAGCUCUACAACCAUGGGUUUUGCUCUGUAUGAAUUGGCCAUCAAUCAGGAUGUCCAGGAUAAGUUAAGGAAAGAAAUUGAUAGUGUGCUGGAGAAACAUAACGGAAAGCUGGACUACGACAGCAUGCGGGAGAUGACAUAUCUGGAUAAGGUCAUUGAUGAGGCGAUGAGAAAACGUCCGGUAGUGGGCCAUUUGAUACGCGUUGCAACUCAGCGCUACGAGCAUAGUAAUCCCAAGUAUUACAUUGAAGAGGGCACCGGAGUCCUGGUGCCCACCUUGGCCAUCCACCAUGAUCCUGAGUUCUAUCCGGAGCCGGAGAAGUUCAUCCCAGAGCGAUUCGAUGUGGAACAGGUGCAACAGCGACCCGCCUGCACUUUCCUGCCUUUCGGCGAAGGUCCCCGGAACUGUAUUGGCCUUCGAUUCGGACGGAUGCAGGUCAUUGUUGGAAUGGCUCUCCUCAUCCACAACUUCAAGUUCGAAGUGCACCCCUCCAAGACUGUCGUCCCCCUGGAAUACAGAGCCGAUGAUUUUCUGAUGAGCUCAAAGGGCGGAAUUCAUUUAAAAGUCAGCAGGGUUGGAAAGUAAUACAGAUGAUUCUAAUGUAAUUAUAUUCAUUGAACAGCCGGAGGCUACGACGCAGUAAGCUGAGUAAACGUACAAUACUUGUAAAUUGGAUACUGUAGACUAAGGUUAAUUUAUACAUGCAAUUAAGCUAUCUUUAAGUUUAUCCCCGCCCCCAGACGGCUACGAUGUUUGUCAUGGGAAUUGGUGGAUUUAGAAAAAGACAAUACGUAUUUAUAUUUAACACUGUUACUGUUCACGCUAUUAUGUAUUUACAUGCCAGAUCAAUUAAUCGAAAAAGUAAAAAAAAAAAAAAUAAACUUGUAGCAAUUGUUAAUAAUUGUAGCAUUUGAAUUAAUUAAUGACUGGUUUGUUAAUUGUAUAACUAAAUUUGGAAUCUGUAAACAAGAGCUGACAUCAAACCGGUAUAAAAUAACAACCGGAAAGUAUCUAUAGUGCUGGCUUAUUAAGCUUCCACUUCGUAUAGAGAAAAUACCAUGGGUCUCGAUGAGGUUUCAAACCCUCCGGAGAAGAAUAAAAAAGCCUGACUGCGACUCGAUGGUUAGAUUGACACUUUCUCCUGUCUCAGAUUUAAGUGCUUUGUUGUUUUUCAAUUAAAUAAAGGUAUAUCAGCUACCAUUCAAA